UAUUACAAUAUUUUCUUGCUGAUAAUUACUAAGAAAGUUCUUGCUUUCAGCAAAGAAGCUCCUUUACAAGUCUGCUACUAAUAUAUGGUGAAAUGCAACUUUCAUCCACACCAAAUAAUGUCUUUUCAUUUAAUUGUUAUUGCGUUGUUCAUAUCAGUAGGUAGCUGCGACGACUACAGCAAAUCAGACAAUUUGCCUUCAUCGUCUUCUUGUGGUGAUAUACAUAACAUAAGCUGCCCCUUUUAUCUCAGAGGCCUUGAGCCUAAUUGUAGCGAUUUCAGCUAUGAACUCUUCUGCCACAAUAACCGUACUUCAUUAUCUUUGGACACCUAUACGAAGCAUGUAUUCUAUGUGGAGGCUAUCAAUUAUGAAACCUCUUUGAUUCGGAUUGUUGAUUCAGUGCUGGGUGGAGAUAACUAUUUAUGUUCCUCCAACAACAUCCGUAGUACUUAUCCUUUCCGAAGGAAUUCAUAUCGCUUUUCCAGGGGACUGCUAAUCUAUCCGUCUACAGCCAGUCGACAAUUUAAUACGCCAAUAACAUAUAUUGAUUGUCCAGCUCCUGUGAAUUCUUCAGCUCGAUAUAUACCUUCCCCUCCAUGCUCAUCACCGUCAUCAGUCUCCUCGUACAUUAUUUUUGGACCUUUGAAUUCAUCAGAAGUGGAGAACAACUGUAGGAUUCGGUGGACAACUUUGGUGUCAUCCGCUUGGCAGAAAAUUCAUCAAACAUCCUUAUUUGAAUCACAAGACACUCCCGAGAAUUUCUACGGAAUUGAGCUUCCAUUUCAUUAUUUUUAUUGCCUAAAUUGUUCUGCUCCUUAUAAGUCAUACUGUGCCCGAGUCAAGGAAGAACUUUCGUAUUACGUCUGUCCGACAACCGUGUACACUUAUUGUGAUGAUAUCCGUGGCAUCUCAUUUAAAUGCGGCCUAGGGGACAACUUGCAAGCUUUCUCAAGGUGGUUUGAGGACAAUGAUUCAUCUGUAUACAAGAACACUGCUUUUGUUGGAGCUUAUUGUUAGCCGGAGAACUUGAGAAAUAAGGAUACUGUGGAAGCGAGCUGUAUGGGUAUUCUUUUCUCAUUCAUUUAAGCUUUAUUGUCUAAACGUCCGGAGUUAUGCUUGCAUGGCUUUCGGUUAGAUGAUAAACUUUCUUGAAAGAAAGAAAUCCCAGUUGCGGUUUAUUGUAUUUCGAUACAAUUCAUCUACGAUUAUGUAGACCAUUCAAAAAAAAAAAAAAAAGAAUUUACACGCACCGUAUCAAUCAAGUGGAUAAAUGAAAAGAUAGAUUUUGCGAAGUGAAUUGCACUAGGAAAAU